AUGGAAGGAGCUAAAGAGGAAGUACCACCACAACAGACUGAGCAGAAGCCAGUUGACAAGAAGCAGAUGCAACAACACAAGCAGGCACCAAAGGAGAAGAAGGAGAAGGCCCCAAAGGUCCAGCUUGUCCUCGCCAACCCAGAGUACGUCGUUGAGAGAAUCAAGAUUUGGGAUGAGCUCAAGGCUAAGCAUGAUGCUGAGAUUGCCAACUUGCCCGAUGUACCAAUCAAGGUAACCAUGCCAGACGGAAGUGUUCGUGACGCUUUGGCCGGUAAGACCACCCCAUUGGCCAUUGCCAAGUCGAUCUCCAACAGUCUUGCCAACUCGAUCGUGUCGUCCACCGUGAACGACCAGGUUUGGGACAUUGCCAGACCACUCGAGAAGGACUGCAACCUCGUCCUGUGCAAGUUUGACACUGAGGCCGGAAAGAAGACCUUCUGGCAUUCAUCUGCUCACAUCCUUGGUCAAGCCAUGGAGAAGGUCUACGGUGGUCAACUCUGCAUUGGACCAGCCACCAACGAAGGCUUCUACUACGAUAUGGCUAUGACUGACAAGAUUGUGUCAUCUGAUGACUUUGCAACCAUUGUUGAGGUUGCCAACAAGAUCAUUCAGGAGAAGCAGCCAUUCGAGAGAUUGCAUGUGCCACGUGACACUGCCCUCGAGCUGUUCAAGUACAACAAAUACAAGAAGGAGAUUAUCUCCAAGAUCCCCGCCGAGGACACCGUCUCUCUGUACCGUUGUGGCACCUUGGUCGACCUCUGCCGUGGCCCACACGUUCCCAACACUGGAUACGUCAAGGCCUUCAACGUCGUCAAGAACUCCAGUGCCUACUGGCUCGGCAAGGCCGAGAACGACCCAUUGCAGCGUGUCUACGGUAUUGCCUUCCCCGACAAGAAGCAGAUGGACGAGUACGAGAACUUCAUGAAGGAGGCUGCCCUUCGCGACCACAGGAACGUCGGCAAGAACCAGGAGCUGUUCUUCUUCCACCCAUUCAGCCCGGGCUGCGCCUUCUUCCUGCCACACGGCGCCAGGAUCUACAACAAGUUGGUGGAGUUCAUUCGCCAGGAGUAUCACAGGAGAGGAUUCACUGAGGUCAUCACCCCGACCAUGUUCUCGCAGCAGCUGUGGGAGAAGUCGGGUCAUUGGGCCAAGUACAACGAGAACAUGUUCAACCUCAAGUGCGACGAUCAGAACUACUCUCUCAAGCCAAUGAACUGCCCCAGCCAUUGUCUGAUGUUUGCCAACAGAUCGCGCUCAUACCGUGAGCUGCCCAUCCGUUUCGCCGACUUUGGUGUGCUGCACAGAAACGAGCUGGCCGGCGCCCUCACCGGUCUCACCCGUGUGCGCAAGUUCCAGCAGGACGACGCCCACAUCUUCUGUACCCAGGAGAUGAUCGAGUCGGAGAUCAACAACUGUCUCAUGUUCAUGAACCACGUCUACGGUAUCUUUGGCUUUGAGUUCACCCUCGAGCUGUCCACUCGCCCAGAGAACCAUCUCGGCGAGGCUUCCCAGUGGGACAUGGCUGAGAACCAGCUCCGUGACGCCCUCAACAAGUUUGGCAAGCCAUGGAAGCUCAACCCAGGUGAUGGCGCCUUCUACGGCCCCAAGAUCGACAUCCACAUCACCGACGUGUUGAAGAGAUCUCAUCAGUGCGCCACUAUCCAGCUGGACUUCCAGCUGCCAAUCCGUUUCGAGCUCGAGUACAUGGGCAGCGGACCAGAGGAGCGCCACCGUCCCGUCAUCAUCCAUCGUGCCAUCCUCGGCUCCGUGGAGAGAAUGAUGGCCAUUCUCAUCGAGCACACUGGUGGCAAGUGGCCAUUCUGGCUGUCGCCACGCCAGGUGCUGGUGGCCACCGUCAGCGAGAAGUACAUCGAGUACGGCCAGCAGGUGGCUGCGUCGCUCACCGACGCCGGCUUCUUCUGUGAGGUGGACGUCUCUGACAAGACCCUCCCCAAGAAGAUCCGUGAGGCUCAGCUCGCUCAGUACAACUACAUCCUUGUGGUUGGUGAGGAGGAGACCACCAACAAGACCGUCAAUGUUCGCACCCGUGAUAACGCCGUUCGUGGCUCUAUCUCUGUUCAGGCUCUGAUUGACGAGUUGAAGCAAGUCUCCAAGGAGUUCAAAUAA